AUGGCUGCAACCCUUGAACGCCAGCGUGACUAUGUGUUCACUCCACCCAGUGUGGAGGAACGUCUACGUCAAGCGGCCGGCCAAACAUUGGCAACGUGGGUCAUUGGCCAUGGGCCUAAGACUCCUGAGGAGGUGGUGAGCUGCCAGGUACUUUGUGAGAGGUACCUGGAGCCGCACCUAACGACUCAAAGUCAAUACAAGGCACGCCUUGACAUGCAAGCACGUGGUACACUGGUUCCACCAAUCAAGGGUAUACCCAUUCUCUUGCUCGCAGGCGAAACAGUGAGCGAAGAAGACGAUGCCUUCGUUCACUGGGUGCACUAUGUGCGUCGCCUCAGCAAUAUUUUUGCUCUAAGGGCUAGUGCCCAUGCGGCUGAUGUGCGUCUCGAACGCAAGCUUCGGUAUGAUUGUGCCAAGCUUAAGGCCAGAGGCCAAUUGCGCAAGCGCACGCGCUAUGCUUCGGCUACUAAGGUAGCCGCGAGUGCUGGUCAGUCUGUGGCCAACAACCCGCCAACCUGCACCACUAGUGGUGGGGAACGGCCUCGGUCUCGAGAUGACCAUGGCCACGAUGCUCAAAAGCCUUUAAAGCAUAUGGGCAGUCUUGCCGAAGAGGGACCUCAAAUUCCCAUGAGUUUUCAGACUCAGGGUACCCACGCCACUUUACCAGAUUCUGGUAUUGGACCUGACGACGAAGUCAUUUUAGUAGUCUCUCGACAUGAAAUUGACGACACCCAUGCUCAUCGAGCAAAGUCGGUGGCGGCCGGUGUACCGGUGGAGGCCCACGAGAAAUUGGUUCUCGAAUUGAAGGCUCUUUAA